AUGACAAGAUUUUUUUUUAUUUCCACAAAAUUUACAUCUUUGUCUCUUCUGCUGGACCAAAUCUAUUGGGAGAGAUUGAAAGAGAAGAAGCUAUCUCUCUCUUCUCUGCCCUCUCAAAGCUAUAAGACAUUUGACAUCCCAAAACAAGAGAAAAAGCUUUAUAUGUUGUCAUCACUGAUCAGCACAGCACCAGAUCAAUCAUAGUGUUUUUUUUCAAUUCCCUCAUUAUGGAAGAAGUAUGGAAAGAAAUCAACCUUGCUUCGCUUCACCAACGUCGCCAGCUAAACAUUGAUCAUGAGCCUUUGAAUCAGGAACUACCACCAUUGUCUUCCUCCACUCAACACGGCUCUUUUCUUCCUCCUCCUGCAACUGUUCUCAGCUUAAACCCUCACUCCAUUGAUACCCACUUUGAUGAAUCUUCGAGGUUUGGUUGUUCUGAGAAGAAAAGAAGCCAAGAUUCUGAUGAAAGCAGAGGAGACAGAAGGCAUAAGCGUAUGACCAAGAACAGAGAAUCUGCUGUUCGUUCCAGAGCCAGGAAACAGGCAUAUAUAAACGAGCUGGAGCUUGAAAUCGUUCACUUGCAGAAGGAAAAUGCAAGACUCAAGAGACAAGAAGAGCAGAUGCAGUUGAAAAUGGCUGAAGCAACUCAACACCAAACAAAGAAAAUACUUCAACGGUCUUGGACAUGUCCUUUUUGAGAAAAUCAACAAGUCAUCAUGGUGCAGAGAAGAAGCAAAAGAUCUGUACAUUUUUACCUAAGGUAAACUUGGCAAGGUAGUAAUUUAAGGGAGUGUAGAAAUAUAUCUAGAGAAGGAAAAAAAAAACUUUUGAAUUAUGUACUGUUUUCAACUUAACCUGUGCUCUAGUGCAAAUCACAGAGUAACAUAUGAGGUUCUGUUUUCACUUCUCACUGUUUUACCCAUUACUGCACUGUAAUACUUGUUCACUAUCAGUUAUUGACUUCUUCUUUUUGUGUA